CUGACCACAUGAAGUCGUGUGCGUGUGAAGGGGACAGGGGAUGGCGCAUCCACAGAGCGUUAACACUGUGCGCAUGACAGGUCAGAAAGUGCACGCACAAAGGGCUCUAUUCACGCUAUAAUGACAUUAUUUUUAAAAUACUAAAUGGUCCAGGAGGGGCUUCAGAGCUGCAAUGCGGGUCACGUGGACUUUUUUCUUUUUAAUGUGUAUUCUUCUUUCAACUAAAAAUAAAAAAGGGGAAAAAAAAUCUUGGACCUCCUCACUCUUGUUUUCCUUCCUCAGCCUGUCUGUACCCACGCACGACUGCAGCCCUCGACCCACUUUUUCUCUUUUUGGAGGGGUGGGGGUGUGUUCAGAUUCGCCGUCUCCAAAUGCUUCGUUUGCGCAAAUACGAAGUGUUUACUCCCGAAAAGUUCGCAAACUUGGAACAGCAGUCGUGCAGCUAACCGAGGGAACAUGUAGAGAUGGAUUUUAUAAAACUGGUUGGCACGGUGAUCGCAGUCUGGUUCCACCCUGGAUCCGCUUCUAAAUUCCACGGGGAGAGAAUUUGUCGGCUUGGGACAGAGCGCCCAUGCUACAAGGCCUUCUACAUCCAGGACACCAGAAGGAGGGUGACCUUUGAAGAUGCGACUCAGGCCUGCAGGAUGGAUGGUGGCGAGCUGCUCAGUAUUGAGACUGAGAGCGAACAGCGGCUAAUGGAGACAUUCAUAACGCAGUUACACGUUGGAGAUGGGGAUUUCUGGAUUGGACUCUAUCGCAGCCUCCAGCAUCCAAGGAGAGGCAGCACAACCUCCACUUGCCCCUCACAGUAUUAUUGGCUGGAUGGAAGCAAGACAAAGAACUGGCACUGGGAUGAGCCUUCAUGUGGCAAAGAAAGGUGCGUGGUUUUGUAUUACCAGCGCUCUCGACCAUUUGAAGACAGCCGUUUCCCUUUCCAGUGGAUGGAUGACAACUGUAGCUCCAAGAACAACUUUAUCUGCAAAUACCAGGAAGAAAAACUGCCUCUAUUUACAGCUCCAUCUCCUAAGCCAAAUGUAGUGCCAACAACAGAGGAAGAUGAAAACAUGAGGAUAGUGCACGGAUCAUCAGUAUCUUUUUCAGACAACUCUCUCAAUGUUUCCUACAUCCUCUGUGCUACCAUCCCUGCUCUCCUGCUGCUGCUGUUUGCAGUCACUGGAUUCCUCUGCUACAAACAACAUGGGAAAAGGAGGAAGACAGAGACAAAAAACUUUUCUGGCAGAUCAAAGCAAGGAACAACAACAAUAGCUUCGCCUUGCCCCGUUCAAGGACCUUACGCCUUCAGUGAUAUCACUAGACUACCCCACACUGUCCUGGACGGCAGGAUGACAGCUAAAAGGACGGAGUAUUCUUGUUCUCCUUCACUUAAUUCCUUAUGUGACGAUUAUGAGAAUGUAACAAGUGUGGACAGGGAAAGCGGCUUCGUGUCCAAUGACAUUUAUGAGAGCUGCAGGGCUCAAAGCCAGCAGUGCCACAGCCAGACUGGAUGGGUGGAAAAUGAGAUCUAUGGAUGAUUCCACCUAUACUCAUUGCUGAUGAUGUUCCAAUGGAUUCCUGGAAAGAACUCAGACUGUUCCUGCUCGUGUUCUUGCUGCACAUCCAGCUGGACACCUGGAGGUGGAGAAAUAACACAUGUUUAUCUGGACUUAAAUAGCCUGUGGUUCACCAGGCAGAAACAUGCUAACCAGCUGUACGUGAGCUGUAACAUCUUUGUCUGCUGUGACCCAAUAUUUAGGUCCUAAAAAUGAUUAUUUUUUGGCGGUCAUAAUAAUAAAAGGUCUUAUUAAGACAAACAAAGCCUUUACUUUUGUUAAUUUUACUCUGAUUAGCAUCGAGCGUCUAUAAAUUGUAAAGAUUUGUGGAUUUGUGUGUGAAUAGGUUAAAGUUGCAAGCAUGUUUCAAAUAAUCCUACAGAAUAAUGUGAUUUGGUAUUAGUAAUACAAGUCCUGUUCCAAUCUAGACAUUUUUUGUCUUUACCCCAGGGUUUAUAAUCUGUGAAUAAAGCUUUGUGCUACAAAAUA